GACGAUUCUGCUCUAAUGUUGCCUAUGGCCACAGCUUCAUGUAUUAGUUCAGCGUGAGAUGAGUUUUCUUCUGUCAAAUACUUCAUUUUGAAUCAACAUCGGGUGUAAGCGAGAUAGAGCAAGGGGAUGUCUUUUUUGGACAGUAGCUGGGGAUGAAAAAUUAUUCCGACUAAUCAGGAGCGUUUGCGAAAAGUUACUGCAGACAGUGAUAAGCUCCGGCGUAAAAGAGACGUAUUGAGACGUUGUGUACUUCAUCACGCAUUCCAGCUGAGAAACGUAAGCGCGUCUUGUACAUUGUGGAGGAACCUACGCGCGACGCGAAUGAGAUCAACUGUUAAAGCCGCAACUUGAGAAUUGUGGUUAAAACACCAAUAAACCCAUUAACCUAUCAUCCUUUGCCCUGUAACAAGGCGAAAGUUCAUAGUACAAGUAGAAAAGCAUCGUAAAGCGUCAAUUUGGUAGGUAACAGGAUGAAAAAUGCUACCGUACCACCUGCAGUCGUGUCUUCCACCACUACUUCCGGAUCGUCGCGCGGCAUCAGCAAUAAACGCCAGCAGCAGAUUUACAGUCCAGGUAGUGGGCCGCUACGAAAAACAGAAUCAACCGGUAACAACCGAUCGCAUAAUUCCGACCAAUCAGAGGAUCAACCAAGACCGCGUUGGGCGGUUGAAGGAUCAGAUCCAGUAACAAGUGGUUCAAACCGGGGUGGCUCUUCUAGUGACGUUCAGCAGCCCUUGAUGGACUCAAGUGUAACCGGAACCCGUGCAGCAGGCAGCGUUAAUUGGCGGUUAGAAGGACAAUCAAACCAUGUGAAUCAUAUUGCGGGACGCGACGAAAUGAAUCCGAGGAAUUUUUUACCAAAUAACGUACCGGUUAACAGCCGAGCAGAUCGAAUGCAGCGUGAUUCGCGCAGUGUUGAGCCACGGUUUGUUGGCGGUUCGAAAAAAUCUUCGAUACCCUCCCUUUCGCACUUGGAGAACCUAGCGCCCCGUUUACAAAAGAAAACCCUUCAAGAUCUCGGAUUACCGCAGAACUAUCUAGAGAUAAAGCGUGCUGAAUACCAGCAAGCGAUGUCACAAACCUUACCGAAUCGUAACUGCUCGCGACAAAAUCGAGGCCGGAUCCGCUACUCGGGCGGUGGACCUGGUGGAGGUGCAGGAAAUAGUGCCUGCUACUCAAACGCUCCUUACAAUACGGGACGAUCCAUGGGUGGAGGACGUCAAAUGAACGACGAAUAUUAUCCGCGCCCUCGUAGCCGUUCGUCCGAGGUUGAUACAGUCCCGGAGAGGGGUUAUCCACCGCGAAGAGGAGGUCAGAACAAUAGGGAACGAAACAUGGAAGCGGGAAAUAGCAGCCGCAAUUCAAGUUGUGAUCGAAAAGACCGACCAAGGGGUACACCCACUGGAUACGUUGGUGACGGUAGUAGAGCUGGAAUCCGGUACAGACAAUACUCGACUGAUAGUAACUCAACGAUGCCUGAUAUGCAAAGUAGCGAGGAACUAAACGUUAUGUUUAAUGAUGGUGUUCCGCUGUACAAGUCAACUAAUCAAAAGGAAUCGUUUGACUGGGCAGAUGAUGAUGGUUCGGAAUAUAAUGACCACACGGGUAGACGAUGGCAUGGAAACGUUGAUAUGGAGCUAAUACCACCGCCCUGUAGUAAAUCGGCACCACUCGUGGGCAACUAUCGUAACAGACAAAGGAAUCGAAGGGAUAAACUCAAACGUUCAUCCGAUUCUCGAUCAAGAAACGAUUAUUAUGAUGAAUUUAAGGCGCCAUAUCAACCGCAACGCAAUUCUAACCGUAGUCGGCGAAAUUCUCAAUCAUCCAACGUAAGCCGUGAGAAUAGCUCGGAGAGACCCUAUUCGCGUGGCCAUUCGAAUCGACGUGGCCAUUAUCGGGACGCAAGUAGCGAUCGAAACUAUGAAGCGGGUGGACGCUUUCGAAGACAUUCGCGCGAUCGAUACAUAAACCGUAGCCGGGACAAUAGCUUGAAGCGGGAUGCCGGUGAUAGACCGCACGAUGAAGAUUACAGCGACAACUGGCGAGGUGCAAAUUUCAAUAAUGGUGCGGGACCGUUGGUACACAAAACCGAUCAGGCGAUCGCCGAGAUGACGAAGCAAUUUGAAAGCUCAAUCGGGAUUCAGAAAGCUCCUGGUGUGUUGGUUAUACCGACGCGACUGUCGCGCAAUAGUGUAGAAACGGUGGGACCCGAAGGCAGCGAUCAUGUAGCAACGAAGAUGCUGUUUGAUCCAAAAAAUCCAUCCCAACCGAUUGUUGUGACACGAACGCUUUCGAGGGGACAUCCGCGCGAAAGUUUUCGACGUGAUGAGGCAAGAGACUUAGCGAGCUAUAAUCUUAAAAUAUCGGGCGGCCCGGCCUGGUACAAUCCGGAUGCACAGCAAGCGAAAUUGCUGCGACAAAAAGAUUUGGUCUACCAGGUAGUACAGGCGGACGCGCAGCUUCAAGAGCUGAACGAGCGAAGCAACCUGUUCACCGAAUGGGACGAAUAUGUUGCGAUUCGGCACCGGUUGCAGCAGCUGCUGGAAACGUUCUUGGUAAAGGAAAUGCGUUUCGCGCAGGACGUAAAUUUGGAGCACCAUUUCUGGAAGCUGCUGUUUUACGGCAUAAUCGAGCAGUUGCGAAAGAUGCUUAGCGAGACACAGGAUGAGCAAAGGAAGCGUUAUUUGCAGGAUCGAGCACUGGAAGUAGUGGAGAGUGGAUCUAACUACUUCGAGCAGCUGCUAGCAUUGCUUGAAAGAGAGUAUCGAUUCAAUCUAGACCAAUUUAUCGGUGCGAAUGCUGCAUCCAGCGUGAAAGGUCUGCGCUACGGGCUGGCACUUGUAUCCUCCCAGAAGAUAUUCCUCUUUCUGGGUGAUCUUGCAAGGUACCGCGAGCAGAUCACCGAAAGCCACAACUACCGUAAAGCCAAGCAGUGGUACGUAAAAGCACAACAAAUCUUGCCAAAGAAUGGACGGCCGUACAAUCAGCUUGCUCUACUAUCGGUAUAUGCGAAACGUAAAAUCGACGCUGUUUAUUUCUACAUGCGUAGUUUGAUGUCUUCAAAUCCUUUCGAAUCUGCACGGGAAAGUCUAAUGGAUUUGUUUAACGAAACAAAAAAGAAGUUCGAGAGCAAUCAGCGCAAACGUGAAGAAAAAUUACAUGCCCGGCGGAAGGUAAAGGAGCAACGAUUUGAUGGUAAUUUGCGGCGCGAAAUUUGGAUUCAUCCGGAGGGUGGUUUGCGUUUGCAUCGAACCGGGCCGAUAUAUCCGAUUGGUGUCAGCAAUUCGUGUGAUACGAGCGACGAAGAGGAAUUGCACAGUCUCAGCUCUAUCGAGCUGAACAAACGAUUUAUUACCAGCUUUUUGCAUGUGCUUGGCAAACUGAUCACAAAGACAGGCAUGGAAUCGUUUACCCAGUGUGCUUAUCAAAUGUUGCGUGAGUUCCGAGCGUUGAUGCAGUAUUCACCGAUUGCUGUUACCAGUUACCGGCUGCUCCAGCUAAUGUCGCUUAACAUGUUUGCCAUCGAGAUGACAAAAUUAAAAGAUUCAUCCACAGCGCAAGUCACUCGCUCAGAGCUGCAAGAGUGUGCACUCUCAUCCGGUUUGCUAAUGUUUGGCAUUUUAUUGGAACGCCUUAUUCGUCUAAUAGAGGAAGCGCUAGAAACGGUUAAAACCCACCCGAAAGGCACGGAAAAUGAUGAAAGCGGUACGGGUGAAAUACCCAAACUUAUCCUGCCCGAAGAUGCCAAAGUAAUACUGCCAGCUAUUAAGGUCUGGUGCGAUUGGAUGAUGUCCAAUACGGAAACUUGGAAUCCACCUCCAUGCUGUGCUGAUUUUAAAAUUGGAAAAUCUACCGCCCAUGAUCCGUGGUCCGAACUGGCAAUAUUGAUGAACAUACUGAAGUGUUUGGAUACGAACCGGAGCAUAUUAUCUGUGGAGCAAAAGGAUGGGUACGAAACGGUGCGACUGCUAGAAGAUAUUACCCUUGCCGGUUUUACGCCACUGAUGUACUACGAACCGGAACCAAUUUUUGUGCAUCCCGAGUGUGACAUGGAGGAGGCACAGAAUGUGCUACGCAUUCAAAAGUUACUUUAUUUUGGUACCGAUCGUAUGUGUAACUGUGAUCCGCCGGUGCUUUGUCGGGAAGCUGUAUUGUACGGGACAGCAGAAAAUGCCGCUCAGUUUUAUAGCGUGGUAGAAAGUCGAAUAGAUGGGCUGGGCGAUAUGGAUAUCUUGUUGGAAAGCUUCAGCGAUGGUGAGACACAACCAACGCCGAAUGAUGAGAACGCUUUGACUGAUGCACCGAAGAAUGCAGAAGGUACCGAAAUGCAGACUAAAGUUGAGGGCUGUACAUCACCUUCUGGCGAUAGUGGCGUACUCAGCUGUAGCAGCAGCACUAGCCCGAGUAGCCUUGAAACGCGCAAGCUGUUGCGGCUGAAGGAUGAGCUCGAGCGCAAGCAACGGAUGCAGGAGAAGCAUAACCAGCGAGUGCAGGACAUUCUUUCGCAGAGUACGAUUGCAGUCACGAUCGAAGUUCGUCCACGGUUUUUAGUGCCGGACACGAACUGUUUCGUCGAUUAUCUGCCGGCCAUUGAAAUGAUUGCAAAGGCGCAUCCACUGUAUCAGCUUAUGAUACCAAUCAUCGUGAUAAACGAACUCGAGGGUCUAUCGAAGGGAAUAAGACAUCAGGCACCGAAACAACAGACGUUGGCCGGUUCAGCUGUUAACGAGCUGCUCGUACCGCCAUCGAAAUCUUUCGCAUUACCCACCGCGCCUGCAAGUGCUGCGGACGCGGGUACACUACCAACCACCAAUAGUGCAUCGAUACCUUACCUGCAACAUGCCGCCAAGGUCGCCGAAUCAUCAAAGAAAGCUUUGCAUUUCAUCAAAUCACGCAAUCCACCUCUCAAAUGCGUUACGACCAAGGGAUCAAUAUUGAAAACGUCCACAUUCACGGUAGAGGAUGAUGUUGGAGACCUCAAGUCUAAUGAUGAUCGAAUACUUGAGACGGCCCUCAAUCUUUGUCGGCAUAAUGUCAAAGACAAGCAGAUUGGAAAUCGCUACCUAACGCUUGACGUCGUACUGUUAACGACCGAUCGAAACCUGCGCGUAAAAGCCAUAUCAAACGACCUGCCCGUGAGAGAAUUGCCAGAUUUUAUCAAGUGGGCUGGACUGAGUGCUUAGCAAAUGGCGUCCCGUUUGGGAAACAGUUGGCUGGUGGCAUUUCGGUAGCUAAAUUCAAACAUGCACAGCACACGCGCUGCAACUCUUACCUAGGAUAAUAUCGUUUUUAACAAACAAACUUAAAAAAAGCGCGUUGAAUGGGUGGUCUCCCAUAGUGAUGGGCUGUGCGUUCGAGUAUAAUCUGGAUUUAAGGACUGAAUGUGUACAGCAACGGAGCAUACAUAAAACGUAUAUAUAGCGGAGUCUGCACAGGACAGGCAUGACCAGUAGGUGCGUUACCGUCAAAAAAACGAACAAGGUAGGUCUGAUACUGAUGAAACGAUUUACCAUAAGGAGAAAAGUAGUAAAAAUCUACACAAACAUUGCUCAGACGCACUUGUGCGUUGCUAUUUGUAUUUUAAUAUCGUCACUACGUCAGAAUAACGUUUUUAAGAGGAAAAUCUGUCAUAUUAGCGGUCUAGUACUACAUCCAAACAGACAUUCGUCUUCACACACACACACCCCGAUACAGUCAUCUGCAUUGUUUUUCGAAUGAUUUAUUUUGGUUAAUUUUACCUGCUCAUGUACAUCGUGUAUUAGAAAUAAUGUAAUACAGCAAUUGAUUUUUAAUUGGAACCCAUUCGUGUCAAUAAUAUCGAAGUUUUGGAACGCUUCUCAGGGUUGUCGAACCUCAAGACGAUUCUCCUAACAUUAAAAUUCUUCACAUGUUUUAAUGCAAACCGUGCCUAACAGCUUAUGGGAUCUCAAAAAAGAAGAUUAAACAUUCAAAAAAUAUGUUUUUCAAUAUUUCAAAUUCAUUAAAAAAUAUAUUAUCAGUUCUAAACCAAAAAAAAACGCAACUGAAAAAAUUUCGACCAAUGAAGAAUAACAUAUCUAGAAAAGUACUUGACGAAAGGGGUUGUGAGAUGAAAUUUUGAACUGACUUGGUCUAGAGAAUUAUAAUUCUAGCGAGUCGUAAAAUACGGGCAGAUAUACAUUUAAUCACGUUGUUUCGCCAAAUAACAGGCAAAAGGUAACUACAAACAUCAGCCAGUAGUGUCAAACUGAAGAGAAGAACGAAAAAAAACUGUUAGUGUGUACAUACUUUAAUAUGUCCAAUGAGUUUACUGUUAAGGUGCUGUAAACAUGUUAAGUUCGUUGCCCUUUUUAACCAAGUUAAGUUUAUCGGAAGUGCUAUUAUGUAACUAGGUCGCGUCUUGAGUUUCACUAUAUUGCAAUGAAUAUUCACUAUUCAUAAAAUAGACAUUUUACAAGUAAUUGUUGCUCGUUACGCAGUUGUCAUAAACAGAGAUAAGCUAUGGGGGAAAAAAAGUAUAAGAAUACUCACAUUCUCGCUGCGUGAAACAUAAGGAGAACAUUGGAGUCACACUAAAACAUUUUCUUUUAAAUAUUUUUUUUUUAUUUGUCAUUUUUAAUUUUCAGUUCUGUCUAUUUUUAUUUUGGUUUGUAAUCUUUUUAAAGUUAUAGUGUUUGAAAACAGCACUCCAACACUUGCAUAAUUCAGAAUGAAGACAGUGCAUUCUAUGCUUACUUUAGUCCGGAGGUGUAAUACAUGUUAAAUCAGGCGUACGUAACAAAAGGCGAAUGUUUAAUGAUCAAACAAUUCAAAUAAUUGUUUAAAGACAUAUUCACUGUUUUUAUUUUCUAUCUUUUCGUCAUCUGUUUUUCGUUACUCAAUUCGCACUCACGACUGAUGAUGAUACAAGCGAGCUUCUAGGCAAAAUGCUCUGCUUGGAAUUAACGUGAAACAAUUACAAAAGGCUUUUUUUAAAUUAAAUAAAUACAUUAUAAUUUUAAAACAAAUCAA